AAGCAGAGGCAGUUUAAAGAACCGAUCAACUUCACCCCACACCAAUUACACAGCCGCCCCAUCGCCCGCGCAGGCGCACGACGACCAACACGGGGCGGGAGGCCACGCCGGAAGUUCUCUAAGCGCCCCGGAUGCGACUGGGCCGCUGUGGUUGCCAGGCGACGGGAGCUUCUCCGAUUCACCAGGGCUCGCAAAAGGAGGCGUAGAACCCGUUAUAUAUUAGCGUGCCUUGACCGCUGUGGGUCGUCUUCUCCGAGUUCCCACGAUGUUCUUCUACCUGAGCAAGAAAAUUGCUGUUCCCAAUAAUGUGAAGCUGAAAUGUAUAUCCUGGAACAAGGACCAAGGGUUCAUAGCUUGUGGUGGUGAGGAUGGAUUACUGAAAGUUUUGAGACUAGAGACACAGACAGAUGACUCAAAGCUGAGGGGUCUAGCCGCCCCUAGUAACCUUUCCAUGAACCAAAAUCUUGAAGGUCAUAGUGGUGCUGUUCAAGUUGUAACGUGGAAUGAGCAGUAUCAGAAGUUGACUACCAGUGAUCAAAAUGGGCUCAUCAUUGUCUGGAUGCUGUAUAAAGGCUCUUGGUAUGAGGAGAUGAUCAACAAUCGCAACAAGUCCGUGGUUCGAAGCAUGAGCUGGAAUGCUGACGGACAGAAGAUCUGCAUCGUGUACGAAGAUGGAGCUGUGAUAGUCGGCUCAGUAGACGGGAAUCGGAUUUGGGGGAAAGACCUGAAGGGAAUUCAGCUGUGCCAUGUGACCUGGUCUGCAGAUAGUAAAAUCCUACUUUUUGGAAUGGCAAAUGGAGAAAUACACAUUUAUGAUAAUCAAGGAAAUUUUAUAAUGAAAAUGAAACUGAAUUGCUUGGUGAACGUCACUGGAGCGAUCAGUAUUGCUGGGAUUCACUGGUACCAUGGCACUGAAGGCUAUGUGGAGCCCGAUUGCCCUUGCCUGGCAAUUUGUUUUGACAAUGGGAGAUGCCAAAUAAUGCGGCAUGAGAAUGACCAAAACCCGGUUUUGAUCGACACGGGCAUGUAUGUGGUUGGCAUCCAGUGGAACCACAUCGGCAGUGUGUUAGCUGUGGCCGGCUCCCAGAAAGUAGUCACUCAGGACAAGGAUAUCAACAUCGUGCAGUUCUACACACCGUUUGGUGAGCAUCUGGGUACUUUGAAAGUUCCAGGAAAGCAGAUGUGUUCCCUGUCUUGGGAAGGAGGUGGACUGAAGAUCGCUCUAGCUGUUGACUCCUUUAUAUAUUUUGCAAAUAUUCGACCUGAUUAUAAGUGGGGCUACUGUUCCAACACGGUGGUUUAUGCGUACACCAGACCUGAUCGUCCCGAAUACUGUGUUGUGUUCUGGGACACAAAAAACAGUGAGAAAUACGUUAAAUAUGUGAAGAGCCUCAUUUCUAUCACCACUUGUGGAGAUUUCUGCAUUUUGGCUACAAAAGCUGAUGAGAAUCACCCUCAGGAGGAGAAUGAAAUGGAGACAUUUGGUGCAACGUUUGUGCUUGUUCUUUGCAAUUCUAUUGGCACACCCUUGGACCCUAAAUACAUUGAUCUUGUACCGUUAUUUGUUGCAAUGACCAAAACCCAUGUGAUAGCAGCUUCAAAAGAAGCAUUUUAUACCUGGCAAUAUCGUGUGGCAAAGAAGCUCACAGCAUUGGAAAUUAAUCAGAUCACACGGUCUCGAAAAGAAGGAAGAGAAAGAAUUUAUCACGUUGAUGAUGUCCCUUCUGGAUCUGUGGAUGGGGUGUUUGAUUAUAGUAAAGCCAUUCAAGGUACAAGGGAUCCAAUUUGUGCCAUUACUGCAUCUGAUAAGACAUUGAUCGUGGGGCGUGAAUCUGGCGUCAUUCAGAGGUACAGCUUUCCUAAUGUUGCUCUGAUUCAAAAGUAUUCCCUGGAUUGCCGCGCCUGCCAGUUAUCUCUGAACUGCAACUCCAGUCGUCUUGCUAUCAUCGACAUCGCAGGAGUCCUGACUUUCUUUGACUUGGACACUCGGGUGACCGACAGUACAGGGCAGCAGGUAGUUGGCGAGUUGCUAAAACUGGAGCGCAAAGACGUCUGGGAUAUGAAGUGGGCCAAGGACAAUCCUGAUUUGUUUGCAAUGAUGGAGAAGACGAGAAUGUAUGUUUUCAGAAACUUGGAUCCUGAGGAACCCAUUCAGACCUCUGGAUAUAUUUGCAACUUUGAGGAUUUGGAAAUUAAAUCUGUUCUCUUGGAUGAGAUACUGAAGGACCCAGAGCACCCUAGCAAGGAUUACAUAAUGAACUUUGAGAUCCGGUCCCUGCGAGACAGCCGAGCAUUGAUUGAGAAAGUUGGAAUUGAAGAUGCAUCUCAGUUCAUAGAGGACAACCCACACCCCCGACUUUGGCGCCUGCUGGCUGAAGCUGCUCUCCAGAAGCUGGACCUGUACACUGCACAGCAAGCGUUUGUGCGCUGCAAGGAUUACCAAGGCAUCAAGUUUGUGAAGCUCCUGGGCAAUCUGCAGAGCGAGUCAAUGAAGCAGGCUGAAGUUAUUGCCUACUUUGGCAGGUUCGAAGAUGCCGAAAGGAUGUAUCAAGAUAUGGACAGACGGGACCUCGCUAUUGGUCUCAGAAUGAAAUUGGGGGACUGGUUCAGAGUACUGCAGCUCCUGAAAACUGGAUCUGGUGAUGCAGACGACAGUCUCCUUGAACAAGCUAACAAUGCCAUUGGAGAGUACUUUGCUGACCGGCAGAAGUGGCAGAAUGCUGUGCAAUAUUAUGUAAAAGGCAGGAACCAGGAGCGCCUAGCCGAAUGCUAUUACAUGCUAGAAGAUUAUGAGGGGUUAGAGACUCUUGCCAAUUCACUGCCAGAAAACCAUAAGUUGCUUCCAGAAAUAGCCCAGAUGUUUGUGAGAGUUGGAAUGUGUGAGCAAGCUGUGAGCGCAUUCUUGAAGUGUAACCAACCAAAGGCAGCGGUGGACACCUGUGUACACCUGAACCAAUGGAACAAAGCCGUCGAACUGGCUAAAAGUCAUAGUAUGAAGGAGAUUGGAUCUCUGUUAGCGAGGUACGCAUCCCACUUGCUGGAGAAGAACAAGACUCUCGAUGCCAUUGAACUCUAUAGGAAAGCCAGCUACUUUUUUGAUGCAGCUAAACUGAUGUAUAAGAUUGCAGAUGAAGAGGCGAAGAAAAGGACGAAGCCCCUGCGUGUGAAGAAGCUCUACGUGCUGUCGGCCCUGCUCAUCGAGCAGUAUCACGAGCAGAUGAAAAACGCCCAGCGCGGCAAAGUUAAAGGCAAGAACUCCGAGGCCACUUCUGCUUUGGCUGGCUUGCUAGAAGAGGAGGUUCUCUCUACAACUAGUCGGUUCACAGAUAACGCCUGGAGAGGAGCGGAGGCCUACCAUUUCUUUAUACUCGCUCAGCGGCAGCUCUACGAGGGCUACGUUGACACUGCAUUGAAGACAGCUCUUCACCUGAGAGACUAUGAAGACAUCAUUCCCUCAGUUGAGAUCUACUCUCUGUUAGCACUCUGUGCUUGUGCAAGCAGAGCUUUUGGUACCUGUUCAAAAGCUUUUAUUAAACUGGAAUCUUUAGAGACACUCAGUGCAGAACAGAAACAGCAAUAUGAAGACCUGGCUCUGGAAAUCUUCACCAAACACACGCCAAAAGACAACAGGAAGUCUGAGUUAAACAGCCUUCUUGAAGGUGGGGAAGGCAAACUGCCGACCUGUAUUGCCACCGGAAGCCCAAUCAUUGAGUAUCAAUUCUGGGUGUGCAAAGUCUGCAAGCACUAUGUCCUUGCUCAGGAGAUCAGUAACUAUAACUUCUGCCCUCUGUGCCACAGUUCGGUAGAAUAAAGGAAAGGAGAAUCUCAACUGUUCAGUGCUUGAAGCACGCACACUUCUCUGCACCUGGAUAUGUCAUACUGCUUGAUUUCCUAAGGAGCCAUAUGAAAAUCGAUUUCAUCAUCUGCUAGUUGUAUUUUUGUAUAAAAUAUAUCUUACAAAAGAAAAUAAAAGGGAGGGCUGGCAUGUGCUCAGUGGUAGCCUGCAUUCCAAGCCUGCACAGGUCCUGGCUCCACUGUCAGUACUGGAAAAAAAGAUAAUCCAUACAUCACAGUGUAACUAAGAGACAGUUUGAUUAUUUUCACAUAAGCCUUACAGAUGUGAACUAAUGUUUGUCGUUCCUGUCUGUUCAUUUACCAUUUAUAUAAAUUAUAGUUUGUGGCGAAUUACCACAGAACUAGUUCUCUCUUGCCAAGGUUACCAGUUGGUUAGAGACCCCUUGGGAGGUAGCUGGGGAUGGCAGAGGGAGGGAGGGGCUGCCUUGAAGCAGAGAAUGGACAUGACCUGGGUUCAGGGAGGCUCAGCAGCGGCUUAGGACAUGAGCUCUGUUUCUACUUAAGGUUAAAUUUCUGUAUGUUCAUAAAUGAGGAAAUGGAAUUUUAAGACUUUUUAUUAUUUGAAGUUUUAAGGACUAUACGCCUCAUUCAAGAGGAAGCCUUUGGUCCCUUUUGUUUUUAGUAAACAUGAAUUAACUGA